AUGGUCAAGUACGCCUUUAAAUCGGACAAUCUCCUCGUAGGAAAGUCCCGCAGGGACGGCGUCAAGGCCUCCUUCAAGAACACAUACUCCACCUGCAGAGCUAUCAAGGGAAUGGGGGUCAAGAGAGCCUUUGCCUACCUCGACAACGUCCUGAACCACAAGGAGAUCGUCCCCUUCUUCAAGUUCUACAAGGGUGUCGGGCGCCACUCGCAAGCCAGGGGGAGCGGCACGGACAAGGGUCGCUGGCCCGAGAAGUCUGUUGUCGUCGUCAAGGACAUCCUCAAGCAAGCCGUUAGCAACGCAAAGCACGCCCACAAGAAGGAGGAGGACGAGCUGUACGUCAUCUCGUACUGCGUAAAUCGCGCACGCGGCCGUCGUCGCAGGACCUUCAGGGCACAUGGGCGCAUCAGCAAGUAUGAGUCUCAGCCCUGCCAUGUCGAGCUUAUUGUCGGGCCGAAGCCUCUGGACGUUGAGAAAGCGAAGGCGCUCCAGUGA